AUGCACGUAUAUCCUCAGCGGCUGGUGUUGCAAGGAGUACAAUCUGAACUCUUCAACCUCGUGUCCAACAAUUCGACACCUUGUCGAUGGCGCCAGUGGUUGCGGGUGCCGCUCGAGCAUGCUGCCGCCCGUGGAAAUAUCGAUCUCGUAUCGAGGCUUCUAAAAGCUGGAGCAGACGGCUCUGCGGGAGUAACGGGGUGCAACGGGCGCACGCUCCUCGAUGCUGCCGCUGUUGGUGGAAGCGCAGAUGUGGUGUCUGCCUUACUCCGAGCAGGGUGUGGACCGGACGCCAAGAUGGUGUCUUCCUCACCAAAAAGAGAAGGAAGGCUUCUAUUGCAUUUGGCAGUCGAGUACGGUCACCUUGACGGAACGCUUGCCUUCCUUGCGGCAGGUGUAGACACUUCCGUGCGCUCAAUGGAAUCGGAUUCUCGGUCGGCGCUUGACAUAGCCAUCGAAUCCGGGCACUUGGCCGUGGUUGGGGCACUGAUCCACCACGGGGGCAAGGACGACGUAAACGCAUGCAGCGAGCGCGGUACCAUCCCGCUACACCGAGCCGCUCAUUCGACAAUUCCGGCAUAAUCGAUGUACUCGUCAGGGCCGGGGCAGACCUGGAAGGAUGGGAUGCCGGCGGAACGCCCAUCCAUCAAACCGUGAGGGGCGCUUGUUGCAAUGCUUCCACGCCCUCUUGCGACACGGGGCCAACAUCCAUACGCGAUUUGACGGUGAUAUACCACUGAGCACCGCAUGCGCUAGUCUCCCUGAGCACGCCCCCGAAAUGGUGGACAUCCUUUUGCGGCUAGGCUUCUGCGAAACAGAUUUGGAUAGCCAAGGAAAAACAGCCGCCGACCGAGUUCAUUGGAGGUUUAUCUUCGACCCACUAUUGUCACAGGAAAUGGUCCAGAGCGUCCUUGAGCUGCUUAGACACGCUCCGCAAGACAGGGCUCGGCCUCGCUGGAGCUGGCUAAUUCUGAUGCGUGCACGCGUGGAAGAAUUGUCCAUGAAACAGUCGCCGUCGAACGGCGUCAGUGAAAGUAUCGCAAAGAGGUGUUCCUCGGGCGAUGGAGUACAUGCCAACAACAGCUCGGGGAAAGCUAUCCACGAGAAAAAAAGCGAACUGAGUGGCCUGGUUGAGAGGCUGGUGGAAUUGGAGGCGGACGCCAUGUUCCGCGCGGUGCUAUUAUUUUUGUGAUGGGUGAGACAAAAAAUGGUCGAAUGACUUCAGGACAGCAACCCGGGUGUUUCAUGAGUCGUGCGGUUGUGCGACCCUGCGAGGUGCGCGGUCGGUGUUUUUCUCUCUCUUGGUUGGAAGGCAAGUACGGUCGAUGCCCCCCAAUUUGGUGCCGUUUGAUGUAUUCAUCCACGUGCGGCUUCCUCAAUGUCUUAUCUUCAUGUACCGUAAUCCAUCCCCGUAUUGCCCACCGCUCAUGGAAUCGCGUUGAGUAUCGUUCGUUUGGAGUCAAGUCUUGUCAGGGCCUGAAACAGCACAUUUACUGAAAUUAUUUGUACCACAGGCCAAGCAACACAAUGAGGUGCCAGAACUUAGAUGGGACGAAGCGACGCACCCUAGUGGGGAUGAUUUUUUGGUUUCGCCGAAUGUGACGGGUAAGGCCAGCCCAAGGGCAUGGCCAGGGUGAUAAGCAACUGUAGAGUCAUUUCCCGACCAUUACCGGUCACCUCGCCGGUGGUUCAAUUGCUAUGUAGCUUGGGUUCUUACGUAGCUUGAACUGUAGUUCGAUUCUUGGGGCCAAGUUAGAACACUGGUGCCUACUCUAGAUUGAGAUGACACAUGCACAAGUUCCGACGCUAGACCUGCAACAAAAUGCACUCCGGUUGCAUCAUCUCUGCUAUAACUCGGGGUAUUCAUGUUGCUCAUAUUGUUGUUUCGGUUCGGCUGACAACACCAUAUGCCCACUCUCGGCGCUGCUGUCGCUUUACGGUGGUUAAGCGCGUGCCACUCAUGAAGUUUGCCAGAGGGGGAUAAGAUGCCUCAAUCUCAGCUGUCGAAAAUACAUUCCGCGAGACAGGUUGUUUUGACAGAAAGCAUGGAUACAUGGACAAGACCACCAGUGAUAUAGCUGUACGACGCCGCUGCCGCUGCAUGGUAGUUGAGCUCGC